CCCAUGGGACAGAGCGGCAAAAUUUCAGAGGUGUGGAAAUGUUCAGAAAGAGGCCUCCCCCAGAGGAGGAAAGGAGAGUCCGGGCCAACGAUAGAGAGUACAAUGAGAAGUUCCAGUAUGCUAGCAACUGCAUCAUGACCUCAAAGUACAACAACAUUACCUUCCUUCCAGUCAACUUGUUUGAGCAGUUCCAGGAAGUUGCCAAUACCUACUUCCUGUUUCUCCUCAUACUGCAGUUGAUUCCACAGAUUUCCUCAUUAUCCUGGUUCACUACCAUUGUGCCUUUAGUGCUGGUGCUGAGCAUCACUGCAGUCAAAGAUGCCACCGAUGACUAUUUUCGUCACAAGAGUGACAACCAGGUGAAUAACCGUCAGUCUCAGGUCCUCAUCGGUGGCAUUCUUCAGAAGGAGAACUGGAUGAAUGUCAGAGUGGGUGACAUCAUCAAGCUGGAGAACAAUCAGUUUGUGGCAGCUGACCUGCUCUUGUUGUCCAGCAGUGAACCACAUGGCCUCUGUUACAUUGAAACUGCAGAACUGGAUGGCGAAACGAACAUGAAGGUGCGUCAGUCUCUGUCGGUUACCUCAGAGCUGGGAGAUCCUAAUAACCUGGCCCAGUUUGAUGGAGAAGUGGUGUGUGAGCCUCCCAACAACAAGCUUGACCGUUUCUGCGGGACUCUGUAUUGGAAAGACUGUAAAUACCUCCUCAGCAACCAGAACAUGCUGCUUCGCGGCUGUGUACUGCGCAACACAGAGAGCUGCUAUGGCCUUGUUAUUUUCGCAGGUCCUGACACCAAACUGAUGCAGAACAGCGGACGGACCAAGUUCAAGCGGACCAGUAUAGACAGACUGAUGAAUACACUCGUGCUGUGGAUUUUUGGGUUCCUGGUGUGUAUGGGAGUAAUCUUGGCCAUAGGAAAUGCAGUUUGGGAAAAAGAAGUGGGUGCUCUGUUCCAGAGCUUCCUUCCCUGGGACCCACCAGUGGACAACUUCUUGUUCUCAGCCUUCCUGUCUUUCUGGUCCUAUGUCAUCAUCCUCAACACAGUCGUGCCCAUCUCCCUCUAUGUCAGUGAAUAUAACCCCCCUCUGACUGGAGAGCUGCUGUAUAAGGCUCAGUCUCCAGAUGAGGGGGCGUUAGUAACAGCUGCACGUAACUUUGGUUUUGUGUUCCGCUCUCGCACACCCGGCACAGUCACCACACAAGAGCUCGGCAAAGCGGUCACAUACACGCUCCUCGCCAUCCUGGACUUCAAUAAUAUCCGCAAAAGAAUGUCUGUCAUAGUGAGGAAUCCAGAGGGCCGUAUUCGUCUGUACUGUAAGGGCGCAGACACUGUGCUUUUCGAGAGGCUUCACUCUUGCAACCAUGAACUAAUGAUUAUCACUUCAGAACAUCUCAACGAGUAUGCAGGUGAUGGCUUGCGGACACUUGCAGUGGCCUAUCGGGAUCUGUCUGAGGAGCAGUGGGAGGCGUGGGCAGAGCGUUUCCGCGGCGCUGAUAAGGCCACAGACUGCAGAGACGACCGGCUGGCUGCAGCCUAUGAAGAGAUCGAACAGGACAUGAUGCUGUUGGGGGCCACAGCUAUAGAAGAUAAAUUGCAAGAGGGGGUUCCUGAGACCAUUGCCAUUCUCUCACUGGCUAACAUCAAGAUCUGGGUGCUUACUGGAGACAAACAGGAGACUGCAGUGAAUAUUGGUUAUUCCUGUAAGAUGCUGACAGAUAACAUGACAGAGAUCUUCAUUGUUAAUGGACACACUGUCCAAAGCGUACGUGAAGAGCUGAGGAAAGCAAGAGAGCGAAUGCUGGAGUCGGCACGCACCAGAGAUGGAGGGAAGGAAGUUGAAGCUCAGGGAUGGGGUGGUGCUUGUGCCUUUGGAAAUGGAUGUGGAGGUGGUGGUGCUGCUAACUGGAUCCCUGAUGAGAGUAAAUGUUCGCCUCCUCAGGCGCCGCCCUCCUCCUCAUUGGAGUCAAUCAGUGGAGAGUUCGCCCUCAUCAUCAGCGGACACAGCUUGGUAGCAGCUCACAUUGGCGUGGGCAUCAGCGGUCAGGAGGGGAUUCAGGCUGUGCUGGCAUCAGAUUACUCCUUUUCCCAGUUUCGCUUCCUGCAGCGACUUCUGCUGGUGCAUGGACGCUGGUCCUAUCUGCGCAUGUGCCGUUUUCUCUGUUACUUCUUCUACAAGAACUUUGCCUUCACUAUGGUGCACUUCUGGUUCGGGUUCUUCUGUGGAUUCUCAGCGCAGACUGUCUACGACCAAUACUUCAUCACUCUCUACAAUAUCGUAUACACAUCCCUGCCUGUGUUGGCCAUGGGCAUCUUCGAUCAGGAUGUUCCUGAACAGAGGAGUCUGGAGUAUCCAAAGCUGUACGAGCCGGGUCAGCUGAACUUGCUAUUUAACAAGCGAGAGUUCUUCAUCUGCAUCGCGCAGGGAAUCUACACGUCUGUGGUUCUCUUCUUCAUUCCGUAUGGCGUUCUCUCUCAUGCCACACAGAGCAAUGGAGUCCCACUGGCAGACUAUCAAACUUUUGCAGUAACUACAGCAACGGCCCUUGUCAUCGUUGUCAGCGUCCAAAUUGCUCUGGACACGGGUUAUUGGACGGCUAUAAAUCACUUUUUUAUAUGGGGCUCUUUGGGUACCUACUUCACUAUCCUCUUCGCUAUGCACUCCAGCAUUCUGUUCAAUAUCUUCCCCAAGCAGUUCCAUUUCCUUGGAAGUGCUCGAAACACACUCGGGCAGCCAGUGGUGUGGUUAACUAUUGCUCUGGCUACCGUCAUCUGCAUUGCUCCAGUCCUUGCGUUCCGCUUUCUUAAACUGGACCUUAAACCUCAGCUCUCAGAUACCGUGCGCUACACUCAACUUGUGCUGCAGAAAAAGCGGAAGCCUGGUGGGCGUGUGGGUCGUGGCGUGGGCGGUGCUGGAGUAGCCAGUGGCAGUGCUCUUGGUCGCUUUGGGCGAGGCAGAUCUCGACGCUCUGGUUAUGCGUUUGCGCAUCAGGAGGGCUUCGGCGAGCUGAUCACAUCAGGAAAAAAUAUGCGCCUGAGCUCGCUGGCUCUCGCCACGUUCGCCUCUCGCCACAGCAGCAGUUGGAUCGAUACUCUUCGCAGGAAAAAACACGCAAACAGCACACAUAACACCCCGCCCACCGGAGAAGACUGUGCUGCCUCCUCUCAAGGGCCACCCCUUUCCACGUCUUCCUCAGCAGCAGGCGAGGCAGGACAAGCAUGUAAUGAACCCGUCCUCACUCACAGCCCUGAUGAUAUCGCUCUCAGUGUUAUUAGGUGUCCAGAAAGAGAGGUUGGGGAAAGUAGUACACGAACUGUGCAGGAAGCACCAUUUGUGUGGAAGGGAACCGGAGCUCGUAUCAAUGGUGCCAGUAGUCCUGGACCACCUCCCAUAGCAGAAGAAACUUCCAGUGGCGAGUGAUGGAUAGAUGGCCCAACUGGAAUCCUUCAUGGGGAUGCUCACACCUUCUGUUUCUGAGGACAUGGGCAGGGAAGACAGCGCCCCAGACAGUAUGGGAGUAAACACAUGCUUGAAUUGAAAUACAAAUGGAAAUGGAUGCAGAACUGUGCAUGCAGAAAGCAAAAGAAUUGUGCUUAUUAUCAGAUUUCCUGUCAGUGAGGAGGACAAAUAUGAUGUUAUUUGACUGGUUAUGACUGAGUUUUCCAUUCUAGCCAAGUUAUCAGACAACAAACCACUAAAUAACAUUGCCACGGCUGAUAUUACAACACACCUGACUAUCCAAAUAGCUGAUGUUAAUUGUUCUCCUAUGCUAAAUUACAUUUUACGUUAAACUUACAUCUAUCGUUAUAUUCAUUCGUUUUUAAUUUGGAGACAAAAAAAUCUGACAUUUAUACAUUAAGGCAUUUCUGUUUCAUAUUUUACUAUAAAUUUAUCA